GGGGAGAGGAAUUCUGUCUUUUACUCUUUUCCUUCUCUUCUCUUCCUUCUUGCAGUACGGUACUCGAAUACCGGUACUGUACUGUACAGUGCUGGCACCCUAGUACCGUAUUGAGCACUAUCAAGCCUGAUCGAUCUACCGUACAGAACUUCACAAAGCGUCCCAUUGCAUGCACAACCUUUCCUUCCAUCCAUAGAGAAUAACACACCCCUCCCUGCCCUUUCAUAUCCUGCCCCAUCAUACAAGCUCUCCCCGGCAAAACGAAAAUAAAGUAAAGAAUAAAACCCAACAUGUCCCUCCAUCGGUACCUGCCGGCUCUCCUUCUGUCGUUGGGCACUGGCUUAGUACCAGUAACUGCUCACGAGCACCACACAGAAGGAAUCCCGGAGGGAGAAGUGGUCUCUCCCGAUCCCCUAGAUUCGAUACUAUGGAUCCACAUCUUCACAAUGAUAACCGCCUUCGGAAUGGUUUUCCCCUUCGGAAUGGUCCUGGGGAUUGCUAGGAGCAGGUGGCACGUUCCUGUACAGGUUCUGGGAACCGUCCUGGCGGUUCUGGGCUGGCUGCUCGGGCAUGCGCACGGGGGGAGGCAAUUCGCGCCGAACAUUCACGCAGCCUUUGCGUCGUCGUUGAUGAGCAUGUUGGCACUACAGGUCGGCUUGGGGGUCUAUCUGAAGUUGCACUUGGAGAAGGGAUGGCAUAGCGUUGUCAGGUGGCAUCUGGUUCGCUUGCAUGGCAUUGUCGGGAAGGUGAUGCCUGUGGUGUCCUGGACACAGAUGCUGUUUGGGGGGAUCACGGCGCUAGGGUUUUGCCGAGCAGAUCACCAAGGGCAAUGCUUAGCGCAUUUUAUUAUGGGCAGCUCGUUCAUAGGGUAUGGCAUAAUCAUGGUGAUUAUGCUUUUUGCUGGCCAAGCUUGGUUAAAGAGGACUGCAAGGUCCCAGGAAUUCUGGGAUUCUUUAGUGAUCACCGUUUGGGCGCCUUCCUUAGUCACGGAGCACAGGUGGGGCCAGGAAUGGGCACAUAAUGAUAUACAGCAUACUUCCAUGGGUGUUGUUUGGUGGUGUGCGGGUCUUCUAGGACUAUGGCUUUCUCGGGGAAAGAACAAGCAGCCAAAACGCAACCUCAUUCCCGGGAUUGUGAUAUUCCUGACCGGAUAUGCUAUGUCUGCACAUCCUCAGCAUUUGCCGCUCUCAACCAUGGUGCACAGUGUAUUUGGUUACACCCUUAUGGCAGCCGGGCUAGCGAGGGUCAUCGAGAUUGCGUUUGUUCUGCGAGAUAAACCUGCCCUUGAUGGAGAACCGAACAGUUUCCAGCAUUUGACACCAUUUCUGCUCUUUGCUUCGGGUCUUAUUUUCAUGUGUGCCACCGAAGAGCAACUUGCACUUGUCAGCUCCGCUGAGAUCGAUCACGUGUCUUAUCUUCUCGUCCUAUACAGUGUGGCAUUCCUGAUGUACCUCUUUACAAUGGUCCUCAUUCACAUAUAUGUCUCGAAUCCUAGGGACGCGAAGCAAGCCCCUCCAGCCGUCCUGGCAGAGCGUGGCAUGAAUGGUCACGUGGAUAGGAGGGUCCACGAUGCUGAAGAGUUCGAACUCGAGGGCCUGAUCAGCGAAGACGAGGGGGAAGAGAAUAAGCAAGAGAGUAAUCCGUAGUAUCACUAUAGGGGGGGCUAAACAGCGAUGACAAAAAUGUUUAAUAAUGGGACUUGGGCCUGCCGAGCCCACGUGGCGGAACCUGUUUUCGGAGGAGGGACAGGAAGGGUAUUAAUAGCAUCCGGGCGUUAUGGGCGUUCUCUUUUUCGUCUAUUAUCAUGGAGUGAUCAUGUACAUUUCAUUCUGCAUCGUAGUUUGGGGGAUAAAUCAUGGGAAAUACUGCUAGUACUUAUUAUAAGUACUCGGGUCCAGCAGAGGAUAUCUUAGCGGUCGAUUGCAGUGGUGGGAAUGGUAGCGUUAUCUAUAAUAAUUAUAGACAUGGGUAACCUCUAUCAUUGCUGUUAUUCAGGUUUCAUCCGGGUGGAUGUGUAACAAUGGGUAGCAGUGUUCUCAGGUGCUCAUUGCCAGAUACAAGUGCUGCACAUGGGGUGUACGAAGAUGCGGGUUAUGCACACCAUGGACUGGCGAUAUGGGGGUACAGUUUUCGUUCUGGAGCAUUCACACUUUACGUCACUGCACUAUAGUGUCGAUGGAAAACUUGGGGUACAAAGAGGUGCAGCAGGCCUGGUCAACGAUGAGAGCACAACAAAAAGGAAACGAGAAUAACGGGUAAUCUAAAAAAAAAAAAAAGACUCCUGACAGAGGAAGGCGUGCAUGUAGAUGGCAUUUAUGUUUAGUGUGGCUUCCGCAUACCUUGACAUCAUAUUCCGCUGCGCUUCGGAAAAGGAAAAAGGGGCUUUCCAGGACUAGGGAUUUAUCACUAGAGCCUAGCAUUUAGUGUAUAUGUGGGGUGUUUAUCGGAGGAAGGGGGAAUUCGUAUCUGGUGCACAGGACUGGCAUCAGAAUAUCCUUCGCACUCGGAGUAACAGGAACUGGAUACAGAAUAUAUGGAACUGGAUUUGUGUAAUUGUGUUCAUAAUGCCAAAGUGUCCUUUUUCUUUUUCUUUCUUUCCCUCCUACUUUUUUCUUGAAAAGAACUGCUAUCCCUCACUAUCCUACAUAGAUCUAAGGGUGGUGGUGUGGGGUUCAAAUUUUGUUUUGGGUGUGAUAACGCUUCCUCCUAAGGUACUUUUUUAUAUUGCGAACAAGUUUCAAGUAUAUCUGCUGCAGCUACUUUAUAGAUGCUAGUACUACAGUUGCACCUAGCUAUAAUACAAUAUAAUUAACGCCAAGAAUUGGGAGAUCAGGGGGCUGCGAUCACUACGGGUAAUUUUUACGAUGGGGGGGGGGUUCACUAUAUAUAUAUAGCAAGUUAUUUUCCGGUGCAAA